AUGCUGGCGGUGGGGCAGAUGGAUGGCACCCCCCGGCAGAGCGCCUUCCUCCUCAGCAGCCCGCCGCUGGCCGCCUUGCACAGCAUGGCCGAGAUGAAGACCCCCCUCUACCCGGCGGCGGGGUACCCCCUGCCGCCGCCCGCCGCCGCCGCCCCCAGCGGCCCGUCCUCGCUGUCGUCGUCCUCCUCCUCGUCGUCGUCUUCGUCCUCGGCGUCCGCCUCGCCGUCCCCGCCGCUGGGAUCCCCGACGCCGGCGGGCCUCAAGCCGCCCCACGCAGGAGCGCUGGUCUCCCCGCCGCCGCAGCUCUCGGCCGCCACCCCGCACGGCAUCAACGACAUCCUCAGCCGGCCGUCCAUGCCCCCCGGCGCCCCCGGCCUCCUGGCCGGCCUGCCUCGCUUCAGCAGCCUCAGCCCGCCGCCGCCCCCGCCGGGCCUCUACUUCAGCCCCAGCGCCGCCGCCGCCGCCGUGGCCGCCGUGGGACGCUACCCCAAGCCGCUGGCCGAGCUGCCCGGCAGGACCCCCAUCUUCUGGCCGGGGGUCAUGCAGAGCCCCCCCUGGAGGGACGCGCGCCUCGCCUGCACGCCCCACCAAGGCUCGAUUUUGCUGGACAAAGACGGCAAGAGGAAACACACCCGACCGACUUUCUCCGGCCAGCAGAUCUUCGCCUUGGAAAAGACUUUUGAGCAAACCAAGUAUCUGGCCGGCCCGGAAAGAGCCCGGCUGGCUUACUCGCUGGGCAUGACAGAAAGCCAAGUCAAGGUCUGGUUCCAGAACCGGCGGACCAAGUGGCGGAAGAAACACGCGGCGGAGAUGGCCACGGCCAAGAAGAAGCAGGACUCGGAGACCGAGCGGCUGAAGGGCGCCUCGGAGAACGAGGACGACGACGACGACUACAACAAGCCCCUGGACCCCAACUCCGACGACGAGAAGAUCACGCAGCUGCUCAAGAAGCACAAGACCGGCGCGGCCGGCAGCGGCAGCCUCCUGCUCCACACGUCGGAGACUGACGGCUCCUCCUCCUAG